AUUUAAUACACCAGUCUCCAUAUGCAUUGGUAAACAUGCUAACAAAAUAUUGAUGGCUGUAUGCUUAAAUAAAGUUUCCUAGGCUAGUUGCCAAACAUACAGAAUAAUAUUGACUUCUGUUUUAAUAUAAAAGCUUGAUAGACGCUUUCAAAUUAGAGAAAAUAGAUGACGGAAAAUGGCUGUUCGACAACUUUUUCUCGGCCAAAUAUUUGUGUCAAGUCUUCUUCUUGCUUUUGCGUCUGAGCCGACGUUCGAGGAUAAAGUUGACCAGACCAUACAAGAGAUUAUGAAUCAUUGCAACCAGUGGAUCCCUGGUUUAACUGUCAGUGUGGUAAAGGACGACCAGAUAUUGUUUGCCAAAGGUUAUGGUGUAACCAAUAUACCGGACAAGAAACCAGUAACAAACAAGACUCUCUUUCAAAUCGGUUCGCUUUCAAAAGCUUUUGCGGCUACACUACUUGUCAAACAGUUGGCUGACAGUCAAAACUACAACCUCAACACAAAAGUGAAAGAUUUGAUGGAUUCCGGAUUUAGUUUUGUUCCUGGGAAAGAGGAGGCAACUGUAGUUGACAUAUUGGCUCAUAGAAUGGGCGUUCCUGAUUAUACAAAUUUACGACUAGACCCAUCACUUACCAGAAAGAACUUGCAAGAUCGAUUCAAGCAUAUGAAUUCUGUUAAGAGUUUGGGAACAUCUUUCCUGUACAGUAAUAUGAUGUAUGGCUUUGCUACCUAUCUGUCUGAGAAACUUGGAGGUCAUACAUGGGAGGAAUUAGUGGAUUCUGAAAUCUUCAAGUCCCUUGGAAUGACAUCAUCUACUUUUAUCACCACUGUGGCGGAUGUAGAAAAUGUUGCACAAGGUUACGAUAAGGGUCCUCGAUCAAAAGGCUACCUUGUACCAGUGCCAUUAGCGUUUAGCAGGGAGUGGGGAUUAUGGGCGGGAUCUGGUGCUAUUAUGUCCAAUGCUGAAGAUAUGACUAAAUGGAUGAAAUUCCAUUUGAAUGGAGGCCUUGACAAAUCUGGCUUUCCAUUAAUGAAUCAGUCUUAUUUUGAUGCAUUACACGAAGAACAUAUCGGUUUAUCCUACACCACAGUCAAUAAAUAUUUCAAAAAUCAGAUACAGCCAACGGAAGAAACAGGAUAUGGAUUGGGAUUUAAACUCGGAACAUAUAGAGGUAAAAAUAUGUUGUUACAUGGUGGCAGUACCUUCGGUUAUAGAUCUUUUAUGACCUUAUUUCCUGAGCAGAAAGUUGGUGUCUUUACUUCUAUGAAUGGGGAAGAUCAAGAUGAUAACUCGUAUAAAUUCCGCGUCCUGCUUCACAACUUCCUGUCGGAUAAUGCUCUGAAUGUCUCGCCGUGGCUAAAUGCUUCGUCAAUAAUACAACAGCUUUCGGAACCUAGAUAUAAAGGAUAUAGCACAAAAACUCAGGCAAAACGAAGUUUGACGGAUUACGUUGGUCAUUACAAUAGUCCGAUAUACGGGAAUAUUAUCGUAGAGAUGAAGGAAAAUGGCAAACUAGGUCUAAUCUAUGGAAAUGGUACAUGGAAUUUAUGGCCAAAAUCCACUAAAGAUGAAUUCAAAGGCACUGCAACAGGAACUAUAAAGUACCUGAUGAAUAUGUGGAAAAUACUUUUCAUUCCCGAUGCAAAUGAUGAUUCCAUUUUAUCUGUUAAGGUCAACAGUUUCUGUAUCAGAUGUGGUAACAACAAGCCACCAACAUUCUCAAGAGUUGAUCAAUAAUUUCAUAACGUAUAUUUGAUAAAGUUUUCUUUUCUAUUUCUUUGCUGGCAUAAAUUAGUGUAAAUAUCUAAAGCUUCAGCUGCUUAAGGUCAUACGAUACAGUUUUGAUCCCACGGUGAUUUUUUACGAAAAUUUGCAUACAAGCUAACUUUCACCUUGUCAAUUCAAAUAUGUAAUAAAAAAACUAAUCUUAUUUGCUAUACGAGUUCACGUGUAAAUGCGUUGUGAUCACUUCCGUUUAUCACAAGCCUUUGACGUGUUAACUUGUAAUUCUUAUCAAACAAUUUGUGAAAAAUUCCCACCCGCAUACCUCCCUUAAUUUUAUCUUUAGAAGUAGAUAUCAUAUGUAUACUAGUAUAUGUUUAUUAGUGGAGCAGAUUUUUCUCCUCACCUUUGCUAUUCUUUGUCAUUUGUUCAAUUGAUAUGAUUUUAGUUGAUGUAAUUCCGUAUUAAUUAUGUAUUAUAAUUUCAUAUUAAUUAUGAACUUUUAUGUCAAAUCUUUUAUUUGCAAAAUGUAUUUUUUGCAUUUUAUGAUUUUGAAUAAAUGACCUUUUUUCGUCAAUUUAGUUUUUAUAUCAUAUAGCAAAACAAGCUCAGACUCUGGCCUGUGUAUACAUUAGUAUGUUUAUGGUAUCUGUCUGUCUGUCUUAAAUACUAUCAUGUGCUAAUUUAAGAGAUAACUGGGGUCCACAUUUUAGGCAUUUACUCAAAUUUUCUGUUUCUUGGACUUUUCUAUCCUUUGGACAGACAUACCUUACUUUGUUGUUUCAAAACAUAAACACAUGCGGAUUUUUGUAAAAAAUUUGGAAUAUCUUCUCAACAUAAGUAUGCUCUAAAUUGGUGAAAUAAUUUUUUUUUUUUUUAAAUGUUUGUGAUUUUAUUAGCGACGUUAUUAUCUCCACUAUAACUGUAUCGUAUGCCCCUUUAAUAAUAUUUACUCAAGAAAGAUUUAUAUCACUUUGUUUUAUUUUAAAAGUUAUUUGUUCUAAUCUCGAAUUAUAUUGAUGCUAUUGUCAUGUCAAAUGUGUAUGCCCUUCGUGGCACUUAAUUAGAAUAAAAUAUUCCCCUUCG